UGCCCCGUCGCGGAGACCAUUUCGUUCCGCCCGGAGACCGCUAAGAUGGCGGCGGGGGAGAAAGUGAAGGUUGUCUCCUGCGACAGGCGGCCCGGCUAGAGCCGGCAACGUGGCGCCCAGCAUGGAUCUGCACACGGCGGUGUACAAUGCGGCGCACGACGGCAAGCUGCAGCUGCUGCAGAAGCUGCUGGCCGGCCGCGGGCGGGAGGAGCUGGACGAGCUGCUGGGCGAGGUGGCGGGCGGCGGCACGCCGCUGCUGAUCGCGGCGCGCCGCGGACACCUGGACGUGGUGGAGUACCUGGUGGACCACUGCGGCGCCAGCGUGGAGGCGGGCGGCUCGGUGCACUUCGACGGCGAGACGAUCGAGGGCGCGCCGCCGCUCUGGGCCGCGUCGGCGGCGGGCCACCUGGCCGUGGUGCGGAGCCUGCUGCGCCGCGGCGCCUCGGUCAACCGCACCACCCGCACCAACUCCACGCCGCUGCGCGCCGCCUGCUUCGACGGCCACCUGGACGUGGUGCGCUACCUGGUGGGCGAGCACAAGGCCGACCUGGAGGUAGCCAACCGCCACGGCCACACGUGCCUCAUGAUCUCCUGCUACAAGGGCCACCGCGAGAUCGCGCGCUACCUGCUGGAGCGCGGCGCGCAGGUGAACCGGCGCAGCGCCAAGGGCAACACGGCCCUGCACGACUGCGCCGAGUCCGGCAGCCUGGAGAUCCUGCAGCUGCUGCUGGGCUGUCACGCGCGCAUGGAGCGCGACGGCUAUGGCAUGACCCCGCUGCUGGCCGCCAGUGUCACCGGGCACACCAACAUCGUGGAGUACCUCAUCCAGGAGCAGCCCGGCCACGGGCAUCUCUCGGGGGUGGAGCUGCCCAGGGAAGGGUCCCCCCAGGGGGCAAGCAGCGGCCGCUCCACCCCUGAGGAAGCAGAGCCUUAUGAGAGCUGCUGCCCCACCAGCCGUGAAGCGGCCGUGGAGGCUUUGGAGCUGCUGGGAGCCACCUACGUGGAUAAGAAAAGGGAUCUGCUCGGAGCCCUGAAGCACUGGAGAAGGGCGAUGGAGCUCCGCCACCAGGGUGGGGACUACCUCCCCAAGCCCGAGCCCCAACAACUGGUUCUGGCCUACGACUAUUCCAGGGAGGUGACCACGCCCCAAGAGCUGGAGGCCCUCAUCACAGAUCCUGAUGAGAUGCGGAUGCAGGCCCUGCUGAUACGGGAGAGGAUCCUGGGCCCCUCGCACCCUGACACUUCAUACUACAUAAGGUACCGGGGUGCUGUCUACGCAGACUCUGGAAAUUUCGAGCGCUGUAUCCGUCUUUGGAAGUAUGCCUUGGAUAUGCAGCAGAGCAACCUGGAGCCACUGAGCCCCAUGACGGCCAGCAGCUUCCUGUCAUUUGCGGAGCUCUUCUCCUAUGUGCUGCAGGACCGCUCCGCCAAGGGCAACCUGGGCAUGCAGCUUGGUUUCCCCGACCUCAUGGGCGUGCUCAGCAAAGGGGUGCGGGAAGUGGAGCGGGCCCUGCAGCUGCCCAAGGAGCCGGGGGACUCGGCGCAGUUUACCAAAGCCAUCGCCAUCAUCCUCCAUCUGCUGUACCUGCUGGAGAAGGUGGAGUGCACCCCUAGCCAGGAACACCUCAAGCACCAGACAGUCUACCGCCUGCUCAAGUGUGCCCCGCGCGGCAAGAACGGCUUCACCCCACUGCACAUGGCAGUGGACAAGGAGACCACUAACGUGGGCCGCUACCGUGUGGGUGUCUUCCCCUGCCUGCAUGUGGUCAGGGUGCUGCUGGACUGCGGGGCUGACCCCGAUAGCCGGGACUUCGACAACAACACUCCGCUGCACAUUGCUGCUCAAAACAACUGCCCAGCCAUCAUGGAUGCACUCAUCGAGGCCGGGGCCCACAUGGAUGCCACCAACGCCUUCAAGAAGACUGCCUAUGAGCUGCUGGACGCCAAACUGCUGGCCAAGAGCACCGUGCAGCCCUUCAACUAUGUAACACUGCAGUGCCUGGCCGCCCGUGCCCUGGACAGAAACAAGGUCCCUUAUAAGGGCUUCAUCCCAGAGGAGCUGGAGGCCUUCAUCCAGCUGCACUGAGCCUGGCCCACAACCCGCCUGCACUUUGGCCUUCUCCAAGCAGAAGCAUCCUGUCCCCUUGGCCUACUGGCAGUGGGGGGCAGUGGAGUGAGCCCGACUGUUGGUUCUAGAAACCUUCAGGGUCACGUGGUAGGAAGAUGGUCUUUCUCCGUGGCAAUGCAGAAGGGUACCGGGGCCUCCUCAGUGGCAUCUGUCUGGGUCUGGAGACCUCUGCCCUGUCACCUGGUCUCCAGCUAGCUUGUCCUGGAGUCCUGUGUAGCCGACACUGUCAAGAUGGAGUCAGAAGUCACUGGCGCCUUCCUGCAGUGGGGCACCUGCCACCUAGAUGCUUGCGAUUGGUUUGUUGUUUACUAAGCAAGUGGGCAACGGCUUGGAGCCCACGUUCUGAGGUUUUUGCUCGGUCUUUUUUUCCUUGGUUUCUGUUUGUUGGACUCAGUAAUGACUUAGUUUGAAGUUGCUGCCAGGACUUUGGUGUGGCCACAGCUGAAACCAGCAUGAGCUGUGAGUGCAGACCUGUGACAGACUUGCUGCGAAGCCUCCCUGCUUCCAUACUGCUUAGAGAGAGGACUGUCCCCAAGAAGAGCCAUAGCAAGUGACGGGAACAGCCAGGCGAACGACUGCCUCCAGCCCCAUCCCGUGGGAUGGCUGGCAGGUGCUCUGGUCACCAGGUCACAUCCGUGCCACACUUGUCCUGUCUCACCUGACCCCGGGUCUUCGUGAAGAGUCCAUAGUAUCCCACUAACUGCCAGGAGUGGGACGGUGGGGAGCUGCCCAGGGUUGCGAUAGGCCACCCGGGCCCUGAGUGCAGCCGUAGGGGCACACACCGCCUGAACAGCACCAGCCUGGGGCUCCACCAGCUCUUGUCCCUGUCCUUUACCGUGAGUGGGAUUAAACCUGCAUCACUCAAGGCAGGAGAUGUACAUCCCUGGCUUAUGGGAACCAGCUGCAAGGGGAGAAAGUCUAGUGUAGAGAAGCCAGUCCCUCCCUUGGCCGUGGAAGCCGUCCCGCGAGGACAUCGGUGUGUGAUUGCAGUGUUAGGUAGCUUGUUCUCUGUAUAAAACAAGCCUUAGGCCUUACUGGGCAGAGCCUCACUGCCCCACCAUCCGAAGCUCAGGGCAAACAUGAACCCCUGUGAGUCUUGGCACUUAUAUUUAUUGAUUAAAAUACAGGUAUGUGAAGGAA